AUGGAUCGUGAGAGAGACUCGAGGACGAUCGACACGACGUUGAACCCUGUACUUUCCAAGCAUCUGUCGGCUACAGACGAGGCUUAUUUUUACCACGAGGCUUUCCAGGAACUCUCACAAACAAAAAGAAUACGAAGUCUCCGUUGUCGACUCAAUCAAAAUACAUCGAACCCUCUUCGUAGGUCGUGGGCAAUGCAAUCGGAUAGCAGACCAAACGCGCGACAACUGCUUCCGACUUCCAAUCAAAACGCUCUUACCUCUGACGAGAUGGAAACCACAGCAGUACUUGGUGCGUCCAUGCGCAGCGAGUUUGAACGCAGUCGUGUGCCAAUAAGUCAGCGAGGUUUAGUGUCACCUGGUACGUCGUUCGAAAAUCUCGAAACUGUGAAAGGACCAGCACCAAAUGCGUUUAGUAGCAGCGAUAUGCCAAGUAAGCCCAAGGUCGCGCUUUUCGACAGCGUGUCGCAAUUGUCGACCGAAGGGUUCCGACAACGUGCAGCUUUACAGACAUGUUCAAUCAGUUGGCAGCACAUUUCCUACUUCAUUCAGCCUAAAGAAAAUAUCUUUAGUCGAUUCCGUAAGAAAAAUUCGAAGCGCGUGUCAGGUCCAUCCGGACUUGAGGCGCAGUUUGAGCGUCAACAACCUCGAAAAAUUCUCAACAGUGUUUGGGGACGUUCCGGACCAGGAGAGUUGACAGCGAUUUUAGGCCCAUCGGGUGCCGGAAAGACAACACUACUUGAUAUGCUUGCUGACCGAGUGCCAUCUGGUGGUUCAGGCGUUCAUCUCGAAGGACUCGUGGAGGUAAAUGGCCAGCCACGAGACCUUCGAACUUUUCACUCGAUUAUGAACUACGUUUCGGAAGAAAUGGCAUUUUUAGGCGCCUUUACGGUGCUUGAAACACUACAAAUUGGUGCAGGAUUAAGUUUACCGGGUCACAUGCCUCCCGUUCAGCGGGAAGCUCGUGUCCAGGAUGUCAUUGAUGCUAUGGGAUUACGAUCGUGUUCAAACGCUCGUGUGGGUGAUAUUUUUCAUAAAGGAAUUUCAUCAGGUCAGCGCAAACGUCUAGGAAUUGCAUUAGAGUUGCUCUCUGAUCCUGCACUCUUGCUACUGGACGAACCAACUUCCGGACUCGAUUCGUCCUCAGCCCGUGGUGUCAUGCAAUAUAUCGAACGUUUGUGUCAAGAAGGUGGUAAGAAUGUCGUAUGUACAAUCCAUCAACCCUCUUCCUCUAUAUACGGCAUGUUAACAAAUCUCAUUAUCCUCAGUAGUGGCGAACUUGUAUACAGUGGUCCAACAAAUGCAGCAAUCGCACACUUUUUCUCUAUGGGUUACGUAUGUCCCAUGUAUACGAAUCCAGCCGAAUAUUUUGUCCAUUUGGUCAACACAAAUUUUCACGAUGGAUUAAAACUUGAACCAUUUAUUCGAGCUCUUAAAGAAAGUGCUGAACCACAGCGUCUUCGAGCUGAUGUGGUUCGUGAUCGUUCACGUCGUGAUCAAUUGAUGAAUCCAGAAUUAUUAAAAGCUAUGCGACCAUGGCCCUUGGAUCAAGCAAUCGUUCUUGUUAAACGAAAUUUAACGAAUAAUUGGCGACAUCCAGGUGUUUUCUGGCUUCGUGUCAUGAUGUACGUUCUUCUGUCACUUAUGGUGGGUACAAUGUACUUGAGUUCAAAUCGAGAAAUUACCAACAUGUCGAUGGUUUCGCUGCUAUUUUACGUUCAAGCUUUUCUCGUUUUCAUGUCGGUUGCUGCCCUUCCUGCAUUACUGGAACAUCGUGCUGUUAUGGAGCGAGAGAUGCGAUCGUAUGCUUUGUCCUUAACCGGGUACACUAUGUCGAAUCUCCUCGCGUCAUUACCUGGUAUCUUGCUUAUCUCAGUCUUGGCAUCGACAAUUGUCGUCUUCCUUGCUCGUGUAUAUUCACUUCCAACGUUUCUACUAAAUCUGACUCUAUCGCUAAUUGCUGCCGAGUCAUUGAUGCACUUACUUGGUGCUGCUGUGCCUCAUUAUAUUAUGGGGAUUGCAUUGGGGGCUGGUCUCUUUGGGAUGUUUAUGCUGUGUGAAGGAUUUAUGGUUCCAUUUGACGACAUGCCUGCGUAUUGGAAAUGGGGUUACUACAUUGCCUUUCAUACAUACUCGUUCGAGUCGUUUAUGUAUGAACACUUUUCUGCUGUCAACACGGAGGAAGCGUGGGAUUUGCUCAAACGAUACGGCAUGGAUCAAGUUGACGUUGUCAAGAAUAUGAUCAUUCUCGCUGCUUAUUCGGUUGUACUUCAGAUUCUCGUCAUCGGCGUACUCUACCUUCGAUUUAACCGACACCGUCGUCGUUAG